AUGCCAGGCACUCACCUACUGCCACCCAAUUUGCUCAAACUCUUCGCGCCACGUCCACCCCUUCCAUAUACACGACCCUUGGACAGAGAUAUCGACCGAGUGAGGAAGAAACAUGUUAAUGGCGUCGCACAACUCUUGGCCCGUCUCAGGGAAGACAAGACGCAGGGCAUGAUUGAGUCGGGAGGAAGCGAAGGCAUGGAGGAAGGCGAGGAGCCUGCCUUCACGUAUGCGGAGGAGACUAAGCGAGCCAUUCGAAGGGAUGAACGAAAGGCAAAAAAGACAGAGGAAUUCAAAAUUGCCAAGGAGAUAUACAAGCCUGCGGAUGAUGCAGAGGCAGUGGGCGAUCCUUUCAAGACUCUCUUUAUUGCCCGUCUGCAUAAAAGCGCCACCGACAGCGAUCUUCGGCGAGAAUUCGAAGGAUUUGGAAGCAUUGAACGAGUAAGAAUCGUUCGGGACAAAAGGGGCCGCAGCAGGGGCUACGCAUUCAUUGUAUUCGAACGCGAACGCGACAUGAAGGCCGCUUACAAGGAAUCGGACCGCCUGCACAUCAUGGGAAAGCGUGUGUUAGUCGACGUUGAACGAGGAAGGACGGUGAGAGGAUGGAAGCCCCGUCGCUUGGGCGGAGGCUUGGGAGGUAGGCCCAAGCCGGAGGCUCCGGCGCCCUUCGUGAGUGCACCAAGAGGAGGCUUCCGCGGUGGAUUCCGUGGCGGCGACCGAGGUGGCGACCGAGGUGGGUUCCGUGGAGGCCGUGGAGGCGGAUUCCGAGGAGGUGGAGGGCACGGAGGUGGCGGAGGCGGAGGCGGAUUCCGAGGCGGGAGAGAAGACUUUGGAGGGGGUGGGAGAGGUGGUUUCAGGGGUCGUGGUGGCGGUAUUGGCUUCCAAAGCGGCGGAGGAUUUGGCGAUCACGGCGCGAAUGCGUAUGGUGGCCCCCAAAAUGGUCCGAACGGUCCUGGCGGAUUUGGAGGUCCUGGCGGUGGGUAUGGAGGUCCAGGUGGGUAUGGUCCACCGGGUGGUGGAUUCGGUGGAGGCGGAGGUGGAGGUGGGUAUCGAGGCGAUCUCAAGCGGGAAGGAGGUCCUGGGGGAUACGACGACCGAGAAUCAAAACGUCCUCGCUACUAG